UUAAACUAGGUCAGAACUGGAUUGAAACCAAAUAAAAAAUACUUCCUUUCCGCCUUGAGGGCUCGGAUAAAUCUGAAAACCGCAUCUUCCGCAUCGUCUGAAAAUACUUUCCUGAUGUUAUUGGGUUGUUGUCAGUGGUAAUUGAGUGAAAGGAAGUAAUUGAGUGGAAGGAAGUGACAAAAAAUGGUUCUCCAUUGAAUAUGAUUUCAUUUGAACUUGAUGAUUUAAGUGGUAAUAAGUUUCGUUGCACUCUUUGGGAAAAUUUUGCUGUUGAGAUGUGUUCAAUUAUUGAUAAAAGCUGCAAUGAAUCUGUUAUUUUCGACAUUCAAUUUGCAAAGAUGAAAUCAUGGAGAGAUUUCGAUUGCGAGGACUUGUAAUUGCCUAUAUUCUCUGUUGCAGCAGCGACAACGCGAUAUUGAAUUUAGAGAGUCUGCAAAUGAACAACGACAAAGGUAUUUUCUAUUUUAUGUUAUUUAUUUGCUCAAUUCAGGGGAGUGGUUCUGUUUUUGAUAUUUCUACAUCUUAACAUGGUACUAGCAUAAAAGAUGGGAGAUAGUAUGGUGUAAGGUCAUCGCAUACAGGUUGCAAAUGGAAUUAUUGAUUUUUUUGUUUGCAAAAGGCUUUAUAGAUACUAAAUCUUUGCUUCUGACUUUGCCCCUUAUUAGUUUUUAUUUCAAACUUUUUUCCUAUGACGUUUCAUGCUUUAGUUUGGCAUAGCAAGUGCAAUAGAGAUUGUUUGGAGAUUGGCUUGGAUAUCACACGUUACUAGACUAUAAUUGUGUUACCCUGUUGUAAGCCUGCUCAUGCAUUUGUAGCUAUGUUACAUAAACUCUGGAAUCAGGACCAAGUGUCUGAUAUUGAUUUCCUUAAAUAAUGCAGCCCUGAAUCCUUUUUAAUUUUGUGUAAUAGAGAUCACAAUGAUGCUAAUCUGACAUUAGUUUUAUUACAUGUGACCUUUUAGGUUUUGCUAUGCUUUUCUUUACAUAAUUUGUACACUUACAGGUAAAUUCCCAUUGAAUGGGGAUGUCCCUUUUAAAUGGUCUUGCUGUACUUCAACUGUACUGUUGACAGCAUCAAAUUUAGAUGUUUUUGUGCUUGGGAAAAUAUACAUAAUGCUAUUUCUGUCACAGUUAUGCUCUUUCUAUGUCUUCACUGUGGUAGUUUGAAAAUGCUAUGUAAGAUGCGCAUGAUGUUUUUUUCUUUGAGCAGGAAGAGGGAGUAGAUAAAAUUGCAAAUUCACUUCAUCCAGGAUUAGUUGUCACCAAUAUUGCCCGUCAUUAUUUGGGCAUCUUUAAUGGCGUUUUUCACAAGAUUGGUAAAUUGUAUUGAAGAGUUAGGAACCCUCUUGAAUUCUUCAAACCCUGGCAUUCUGCAGCUCUCAUGAACUCUCAACUUCCUUUCCUCUUUUACCAUUUGGUGACAAAGAGGGAAAUGGCAAGAUGAACUUAGUUCUCCACUUAGUUGCAAGAUAAUCCAUUUGAAGUGCGAACAACUCUUAGUGGAAUGUAACUUUUCUCAAGUGUUCUUGGCAAUUACAUGCCAAUAGACAUGUAUACACUUCUUUUACUGUUA